UUCGUAUUGAUAUGGUUUCAACGAAUUUAUAUUUGAUCUAAGCUAUUGAUUAUUAGUGAAAUUAUAUUAUACAGUUGCAGCAAAGCUCUUCGUGUAACUAAUUAAAAAUGGCAAGAUGGAAAUUAAGUCGGAUAACGUAUGGCAAAGAGGAGUAUACAUUCGUGGAUGGCGAGGAAGUAACUCUGGGCAGAAGCAUCUCCAACACCAUUUCUCUCACGAGUAUUGUAGUAUCUAGAAACCACUGUGUAUUAAAUGUGCAAGCUAAUAAAGUUCUUAUCACAGACUUAAAGAGCUCAAAUGGUAUAUAUGUGGGUUUAAAAAAAAUUGCACCAAAUACACCUUAUACCCUAGAAGAAAACAAUGUAAUUGGUAUAGGUUGGACUGAAGGAGCUGCAAUUGCAAACAUCAAAGACCAGGAAAAGUAUAUGUUCAAGUUGACUAGAGAUCGGUCUAUAACAAGCAGAAUUAAAUUCCAAAGUGAUGAUGAAUUUUGUGAUAUUAAAGCUGAGGUUGCAGCUUUAACAGAAUCUAGUAAACUAUCACCAAGAGUUCAAUCUCCAGUACUUAGUAUAAAACCCCCAGUAAAACGAAGACUUGAUACUACAGGUACAAAUACUGUUAACAAGGCUGCUAAAAAGGAGAAUAUUGAACUGGAAGAUGACAUUAUCCGCAUCUUCUCAGACAGUGACAGUGAAACAGUUUCAAAGCCAGAAACUACAAUUAAAAGACCAAAAUUAGAAACAAUCAGUGAAGAUAUUCCAACAACAAUUAAAGAAGAACCUUUGAAGACUGAAAAAGAAGAUUUAGAAUAUGAUGCAUUUAAAGUAAAGCAAGAAUACUUGGUUUAUGAUGAUGAGGCAAUACAAAUUGAUAGUGAUAGUGAUGGAGAUGAUGAAUCUGUACAGUGGUUAAUGAGACUCUCACAAAGUUCUCCAGGAAAACCAUUUAUGAAGGUAGCUUGUGAAAGCAAUAAUGAAAAUGAAGAGAGUUCUUACAGUCAAAUGGAUGAUUUUGAGGGAAAUGUUGAAGAAGAUUUUAUUGAUGAUUUAAUAUCCAUACCACCUGCACCACCAACAAAUGUUGAACUCCAAAUUACAGCAAGCAAAAUAGAUAAUAAAUCGGAAGAUAAAAUGAAUGAUGAUGAAGACUAUGAUCUAGUAGAUGACUUAAUAAGACUAGACUGCCCAGCUGUGGCACAACCAUCUGUAUCGGGCUUGGACAAUUGCAUGAAUAGAGAUGUUGUAGAUGGAAGUAGUGAGAAUAAAAAUCUAUCGAUAGGCCUGGAACCAAAUUCAUUGAUCGAACCAGAACUAAGCGACAAAGCUAAAAGAACUCAAAUGAUAGAACCUCUUAAUCAAAUGCCUAAAACUAGAUCUAGUAUUUCAGUGUCAGAAAGUAAACACAAAACAUCUAAGCACAAAAGAGAUAAAAAGAGCAAGAAGCAAUCACCUCCCAGGAGACAAAUAUCUAAUUCACAAAAAGAAGAACGUAAAAAGAAACUAAAAGAAAUAGCCACAAAAGAAAAAGAACAUACUAAUUUAAAUAAAGACUUGAGCAACACUACUAAAGAUAAAGUUAUGGUGAAUGCCAAAGUCACCAGUUCAAACAGAGGAGCAUUUUUAACAGAUGUUGUUCAAGGUGUGGUAAAGCCAAUGAAAAGAAAAGAAAGCCCAAAGAAGACUACUAAAGGCAAAGAAACUAUUCCUAAUGGUGUUCCAGAAAAUAAAAUCCCUGAACCUACAGAAGACAUUGAAAAUAAGAAGAAAUCGAAAUCUGAGGAGAAAAGAUCAUCUAAACGCAAGGAAAAAGAUGUUUCAAAAGAGUCAAAAACAAAAUCAACAGACAAAUCCCAAAAACCUUCAAGUUCAUCAGAAUCAAGAGUACCACUUAAAAGUUUGAAACCUUUAUCAGAGAGUGAAGAAUCUUUUUCAGGCAAACCAUUUUCCAAGGUGGAACCCAUGCCACCUAAAAAGGAAAAAAAGAAAGUUCGAUUUUCAGACGCGCCGCCGGAAGUACACGUAUUCCAAAUUGAAGAAGGAAAUAACAUGAAGAAAACUAGUUUAGUUAAGACUUCUUUGGUUGACAUUCGACAAACACCUAUAUUUUCGUUAGAAAAGAUCACUUUAAUGAAAAUCCUGCGGUGGAAUCCGCAUUGGCUACAAGAGCAAAUUAAUAAUAAUGAACCACCACCGAUCCUGGGUCACAAUAGUCCACCCAUGACAAUUUUCCACUCAUUUACCAACCACAGUCAAUAUGUACAGUUGGUGGGAGAUCUGCUUCUAAUGGAGAUCUGGGAAUGUUUGACUCAAGGCUACAUGAGGAUACGUGGUCAAACAAAUGGCAUACAAAUGCGAAUCGCUUCUCUGCCGCCAGUACCUACGAACGACCGCUGCUUCGAGUUAUUUAGUCUUAGUGUUAAUGUUUCUGUACCAAAUAAUGAAGUGAGGAGUGUUCCGCGAAUGGGAGAAGUACUGCUUGUUUCAUUUGGCCCAGAAAGUGCUAGAAAUCAAAGGUUUUUCUUUGUGCACAAUGUUCGAUGUCUUCCUUCACCUCCAAAUAACAGAAAUUCGUUCUUCUGCAUAUCUCUGCAUGCUUGUUACACGGAUAAGAUGAGGUCACUGAAGGCUGGGGAGCUGAUGAUUGGUAUGAGCCUGGCGUACAUUCAGAAGGAGUUGAUGCUAUUCCAAGCUAUGGAACACCUGGCUGGAUCGCCGCUCAGUGAAGCCAUUUUGCGCCCAGAGUCGCGCCACUUUGUGAAGAAUAAUCCAGACCUCAUAGGCAAGAUGCCUUCUCAAUGGAUAAAGACUCUGAACGCGAGUCAGCAGACGGCCGUGCUGAGCUCGGUGUCCGCCGCGCUGGGUGACCGGCCCUGCAUCCAGAUGGUGCAAGGACCACCAGGGACAGGGAAAUCGAGCGUUAUCUGUGCAAUGGUGAUGUCAUAUUUCUUUGACCAUCAAGGCAGGAAGCAACAGAACAGAGGCAAGAUUCUCAUUUGCGCGACAAGCAACGCGGCAGUCGACGAGCUGGUCUGCCGGUUGCUUAAUGUCAGGCAAAACCUUCCUAAAGCGGAGCGGUUCCGCAUGGUGCGCGUGGGCCGGCCCGAAGCGAUGCAUCCACGUGCGCAUGACAUCAGCUCGCAACAACUCGCACAACGUGACGCUGCCGCCAGGCAAAAUGCUGAGCCCACACACCCCGGACUUAGUGAAGAGAUAUCUCACUUAGAGGCGAAGAUAAACAUGUGGAAGACUCAGGAGCAGGAUACGAAGGACCCGACGCGCAAGGCGUACUGCAACUCACGCGUCUCGCAGCUAGUCAGCAGGAUAGCCCUGUUGCGCGGCGGCGGCGGUGGUGGUGGCGGCGAGGUGAUGCGCGCGGAGCAGCUGGUGGCGGCGGAGCGGCGCAUCAUCGAGGGCGCCGACAUCGUCGUCACCACGCUGGCCAGCGCGCACAACCACAAGAUGCGCGGAUUACGGCGCCGCAUCGCGCUGUGCAUAGUGGACGAGGCGGGGCAGGCCAUCGAACCGGAGACGCUGAUCCCGCUGACGUUGGACGUGACCAAGCUCACACUCAUCGGGGACCCGCAGCAGCUGCCUGGGUUCAUCUGUUCGCAGCGCGCAAAGAAGCAUGGGCUAGGCGAAAGCCUGUUCUCCCGUCUGACGUCAUGCGCCGAGCAAUGGCCGGAAGGCUCGCCCGUGGUGUUGCUGAACCAGCAGUAUCGAAUGCAAGCGGACAUCGCAGACUACCCCAACCGCGCCUUCUACGGUGGACAGAUACUCUCCGUGCCGCCGCUGCGACCCGACAUCGACAUACCGCCCUACUCUAUCGUAGGGAUAUCCAGCGGAGAUAAAGGACAAGUUGAAAUGUCGGUCAAUGCGGUAAUUGGCGAUCUUGGGGCGUCCGGAGCAAACGAAAUGGAAGCGUGGGGCGUGUCGCGCGUCGUAAUAGCACUCAGCUGCGUACUACGCCCACACAACCUGAGCCUUGCCGUAAUCACGCCAUACAACGCGCACAAAGAACUUAUCAAGAAGAACCUCCGCUGUUUGCAAGAUCCGUCGGAGACGCAGAUCGAGGUGAACACGGUGGACAGCUUCCAAGGGCAAGAGCGGGACGUAGUGGUGGUCUCACUGGCCCGCAGCGCCGGGGUGGGCUUCCUCACCGACACGGGCCGCAUGAACGUCAUGCUCACGCGGGCGCGACAUGCGCUGCUCGUCUGCCUCAACCCGCACGCUAUGAUCAAAAAUUAUCAAUGGCGUACGCUGGUUGAAGAUGCACAGAGAAGGAAUCUUUAUAGAGUCCUACCCAACAAGAUGUGCCAAGUGGCAGCCACGGAACAAACCCCGCCUGCUGAAGUUUUAAAAUACAUCUCAUACCAAAAACCACUAACCGCAAGAAACAAAUACAAAUGAUACCAAAAACUACGUGAAGCGAACCAUACUCGACUACGUUGCCCUAUAUUAUGGUCCUGUAAUGAAUUGUCGUAUUUGUUAACAUUAUGAUCUCUUAGUAUGUGACAUUUGGCUAUCCUCACUGAGGAUAAACAGAAGCUCAAAUUUAGGCGGCAGCACUGUUGAGUGUUCCUAAAUUUUGACAGUUCUCCAUACUGUCCAGCUAAAACUCGUAAUAAAUUGCUAUGAAAUGUGGAGCAACAUGGAAUGUACCCCGUCUGACGGAUGAAUUACGAAAAAGAAAAGCUAUCAGUUGAAAAAAGGCAGUUUUGAUUGAAAAUAAGUUUUUGUAAGUUUUCUUCUUUCCGAUCUUUAGGGAAUAGAUAUAAUCACGGAGUAGAAGAAAGAGAUUGGAAGGGCAAAGUGAGCGGGAAACGCGCGCCAUACAAGUAUGAGCAAAUAUUCAUUCUUCAAAUUUGCACUCCACUCGUCCGCAAACGUAGUUGUAGUUUUAGUGAUUAUUGCUAUUUACUGAAUAUCGAUACUAUACUGUUUAUUGACUAUUGUUGAUUGUCAAUUUAAGUAGUAAAACAUUCCUUGCGAAGUACGUAGAAAGGCCCAAUUUAUGUUUUUUUUAGGUUUGACCACUCGCCUUCGUUCGCGAUUAAUAAGAGUAUAUAAGUGUUAAUCAUAAUGUCAGUACCUUAGGACAGUUAAGGUCAGUAUAAAUAAUAAAAUACUACGUAUAACAUACGUAACUCUCUGGUCCGCACCAAUUCGUAACGGGCGCCGACCUUACCCCGCUGGGUUUUACUUUAGUCUGAAAUGGCCGUAAACCGCUAAAGAGUAGGUAGUAGGGGGGCGGUCUGUCUGUCUCGCUCACACUUGCGUUAUGCGGCACACGGUAUGAUUGGGAUUUUUGUAUGGAGUGUCUGGGGUGUUAGUACUUAGAACCCUCAAAAAGGAUCCAUGAUUAUGCUAUUUAAAACUAACCAUGAUAAUAUUUGUGAUGUAGCUUUGCGGGACUAUAUAGCCGCUAGCCGGCUGCGUACUAAUCAGCGAGCUGUAACUAUCCGGACACAAGUAACCAGGAUCUUAUACAGUAAUCUGCUCGCUCAUGAUUAUCUUUUUUAUAAUUAUUGCUUUACGUUUACAACAACAGUUCGCUAAUGAGUGCCAGGCAGAAAUGCGCUUACUAUUUUCUGUAUAGCUAUUGUAAAUAAUAGUGUAUUUUUAUAACCAAUAAACGUAUUUUUUUGGA